ACUUGGGUCGGCGCACACUUCCGCCUCGGGGACGCGCGCUGGGCCGCCUAGCCCCGGCUUCCCAGCAUGCCCCACUCUGUCUCCCUGGCAACGGCGCACAACAGCGGCGCCGGGAGGUACUGGAGCUCGGCGGCGCGGCUGCACCUACGAGAGACCUGCCCAACAUACGUCCCAGUUACGGGUGGGACUGUGGGCAUGCCCCGGCCGCCGCUCCUCCGCCCUCGACACCGAAAGGAUUGACCGAAGCUACUUGGAUGAAUUUGGCCGUCUUCUAGGAGACUUGAAUGUUAAAUUUCUAUAUACAAAUAAACCAGUUCUCUCUUGUUUGGAGCAAUGCUGAAAUUCCAAGAGGCUGCUAAGUGUGCGAAUGGAUCAAUAGCCAUUUCUACUUAUCCAAAGACCUUGAUUGCAAGAAGAUAUGCGCUUCAACAAAAACUUGGUAGUGGAAGUUUUGGAACUGUCUAUCUAGUUUCAGACAAGAAAGCAAAACAAGGAGAGGAAUUAAAGGUACUGAAGGAAAUCUCUGUUGGAGAUCUUAAUCCAAAUGAGACUGUGCAGGCCAAUUUGGAGGCCCAGCUCCUUUCCAAGCUGGACCACCCGGCUAUUGUCAAGUUCCAUGCAAGCUUUGUGGAGCAAGAUAAUUUCUGCAUUAUCACAGAAUACUGUGAGGGCGGGGAUCUGGAUUGUAAAAUUCAGGAAUAUAAAGAAGCUGGCAAAACCUUUCCGGAAAGUCAAAUAAUAGAAUGGUUUAUCCAGCUGUUGCUAGGAGUUGACUACAUGCAUGAAAGGAGGAUACUUCAUCGAGACUUGAAAUCAAAGAAUAUAUUUCUGAAAAACAAUCUGCUUAAAAUUGGGGAUUUUGGAGUUUCUCGACUCCUAAUGGGAUCCUGUGAUCUAGCCACCACUUUAACUGGAACUCCCCAUUACAUGAGCCCGGAGGCUUUGAAACACCAAGGCUACAACACAAAGUCAGACAUCUGGUCUCUGGCAUGCAUUUUAUAUGAGAUGUGCUGCAUGAAUCAUGCAUUCACUGGCUCCAAUUUCUUGUCCAUUGUUUUAAAAAUUGUUGAAGGUGACACGCCUUCUCUCCCCAAGAGAUAUCCAAGAGAACUGAAUGCCAUCAUGGAACGCAUGUUGAACAAGAGUCCUUCACUGAGACCUUCUGCAAUGGAAAUUUUAAAAAUCCCUUACAUUGAUGAACAACUACAGCACCUGAUGUGUAGAUACUCGGAAAUCACUCUGGAAGACAAGAAUUUGAAUUGUCAGAAGGAGGCUGCUCAGAUAAUUAAUGCCAUGCAAAAAAAGAUCCACCUGCAGACUCUGCGGGCGCUGUCUGAAGUGCAGAAAAUGACACCAAGAGAAAGGAUGCGGCUGAGGAAGCUCCAGGCAGCUGAUGAGAAAGCCCAGAAGCUGAAGAAGCUUGCAGAAGAAAAAUAUGAAGAAAAUAACAAAAGAAUGCAAGAGUUGAGAUCUCGGAACUCUGAGCAGCUAACUGUUGAUAUACUCCAUGAAUUCGAUGACCUGACUUCAGAGAACCUGCCUGAGUCUCAGCCCAUUCCUUCUUUGGACCUUGACCCACUUGAGUCAAGUAUAGAAGAUCAUGGUAUGACUUACCUUGGAGAUCAUGAGAUCCCAGAAGACCCGCUUAUGGCUGAAGAGUAUUAUACUGAUGCCUUUGAUUCCUGUUCUGAAGACAGUGAGGAGGAGGAAGAAGAAAUAGUGUUCUCAGCCCCGGGGGAAGAGGUCAAGGAUGAGGGAUCCCGGCCUGCUUACAGAACAUUCCAACAGGACAGUGAUAUUGAAGCACUGGUCGGGUGUUUGGAAAAUGUCCUGGGUUGCACCUCUCUAGGAAUCACAGGUCCUACCUGUUCCAGGGAAGGGCAUGAUGGGGAUGGAAGAAGGAAGCGAGAGCUGAAAUUGUUCCAGGUUACAUUUCCUGUCACCACCUUCUUUUCAAAAUGUCUGGACCUUCCAUUUUGAGGCUGACCCGUGGUUUGAGCCAUGAGCACAGUGGAAUUCUCCAUGGUGUGACCAUAGUCACUCUCCCUUUAUUCUAAUGGGGUCACAGUCUCCUUCUAAGGAACACACAACCCACACAGUGAGUAGGUAGAAGGAAGCAGGACAUGGCUGCCAUUUGAUCCCCUGCUCUUCUCUGGCUUGAGGCUGAAGUCAGAGCCACUUAACACCUACGACAGGGCUUUUCCCAGAGGCACACCCGAGUCAAGUAUCUUCAGAACUCACCACUGGCGGAAUAGACUGGUCAGAGUUGUUUUGUUUUGUUUUUUUGUUUUUGUUUUUGUUUUUUUAUAAUGUUUUUGUUUUUUUAAACAUCUUCCUUGGCCACUCCUUACGUGUGCCCAUAUCCACUUUUUAAAAAUUAUCCUAGGUAGAAGCUUCAUUUGAUGACUGGUUGCUGGACGUUCUUCUUAGAAACCGAUGCUUCCUGUCAGAUCCACGAUUCUUUAGAAAAAAGAUGGAGGUGAAGCAAAAGUGAGGGAUAGCCAAAGAUAGACAGCGAGGGGCAGACUUACUCAUGGGAGGGUGCACUUCCAACCUGUGGCGGGAAGCUCCUUGGGAAGAGGGUAUACAGUUCUCGCAGGAAAUUUGUGAAUUCAUACAUGCACCUAACAUUAUGUGUCUUACACAUACGUACUACUUCCAAGGCCAUGAACCUUCUGUUGAAAUUAAUAAAGAGAAGAUUAACUUUAGAAAAUCAACACAAGGGGGGCGCCUGGGUGGCUCAGAUGGUUAAGCGUCUGCCUUCGGCUCAGGUCAUGAUCCCAGGGUCCUGGGAUCGAGCCCCGCAUCGGGCUCCCUGCUCGGCGGGAGGCCUGCCUCUCCCCCCUCCACUCCCCUUGCCUGUGCUCCUCUCUCACUGUGUCUCUCUCUGUCAAAUAAAUAAAUAAAAUCUUUAAAAAAAAAAAAAAGGAAAUCAACACAAGGCUUAAGGAUUCAUCUAUUUUUUAAGUCUGAGAAAGCAGAGCUCUAGAACCAGAGCUUCAUGGGCCUGCAACCAGUGCAGCUGCAUGGUGUCCCAGGCUCAGGAGGGGGCCUUGCACUUGGGGUUUAGUAAAAUCCCUAACAAUUUUAUCUUUGAAUUUAUGUUUAUGAGUGAAGUCUGAUGGGACAAUGGAACCUAUGCUGGGGGCUUGAAGCCUCACUUGCAUGCUGCCUCCAGCCACCCCCCGGGAAGAUUUCUCCACCACCCACUCCCUAACUCCCUCCAUUCCCUAUGGGGGCCUGUGCACAGAUAGGGGAGGAUCAGGGGCAGGCGGGGUCCUUGAGCCCCUGCAAGGGUCUUCACCCUCCUUGAGAGUAUCUAUUCCAGUUCCUGAGGGAGAGCACUAAAUGCCCCAUAAAAAAACACCGUGACAGUCCACAAGUAAUCAGAAGCAGAAGAAAGUAAUCAGCUUUUCUCUUGCUUUUUGAACAGGGGGCCUUGCACUGUCAUUCAGCUGUGGGCCCCACAAAUUAUGUAGCUGGCCUGUCUAAGCUUGUUGGAAAUGCAGAAUUCCAGACCCUACCCGCGCCUACUAAGACAGAAUCUACAUUUUUAAUAAGAUCUCUAGGUGAUUCAUAUCACAUUGAAGUUUGAGAAGCAGAGUUCUAAAACACACUCGGAUUCAGUGACUCUGGGAUUCAUCUAAGAAGCUGAAGUCUAUGAUUCUAGCCCAGUCGUUUUUAUUAUGAUUGCUAAAUGUGUUGUCCUUCUCUUUGACAUAAAGCAACUGCUAUUCCUGGUGAAAGGUGGGAUGGAGAGGAAAAAGCCUGGCCAAUAAGAAAAAUGAAAAAAGGAAUUGCUCUUGAGCAUCGAGCUUUGUCAGCGCUGGUACUUGAAAUGGUAUUUGGCCUAUUCUCUGCUCCGGCUCAAGGCUUAGCAUCUUUCCCAGCAAUACUGAGAGCCCUACUGAGGGGAAUCGUGGCCACAAUAAAAUAAACUGCAGCUCUUCUGGAAAUUUCUUUGACCUUUAUUUGCACAAGUCUUCAGGAUUUGCCAGCUCUCUGGAAGAGAAGGGAAAGCAGCACCUUCUUUUCUGUCUUGGCAGGACUGGUUUUUGAGCUUGCGUUUUACUUGGUGUAGUGUGGUGAUGGUUUUAGUAACUUUUCAGGAUCUAGGGAAGAUGAUUAUAAAAAGCAACCAAUGAGCACAUGAAACGAACCCCCUAUGCCAUCUCUCCUU